UGCUCGACGUGCCCUUUGAAAACAAAAUGUGACGUGGCUAGUAAUCCUGUUGGGAAGAAAGAACAACAAAAACCGAAUCACUGAGGGGUUCACUGAGAAAGCAUGUGUUGAGACAUUUGUUAGGAUGUCGGACAGCGAAGCAUCUUGUGCAGCAGCCGGGGGUUCAGAGGUGGCACCUGAGACGCAGGAUGCAUCACCGGCUGAAACGCCUGACGGCUCCUCAGCAUCCAUCCCUGACAUCUCAACUGAUGUGGCACCGACGAGGAAAACCAGGAGGAGACCUGAGACUAAACCCGCAGCCAUAGCAGAGCCCACGCCAAACGUGGAGGAGCAGCCAGCGAAGACAACCAGUCAGUCAACUGUGUCCCAGGCCAGUUGGGGAUACUGGGGCAGUUGGGGCAAAUCCAUCCUGUCUACAGCAACAGCUACAGUCGCCACAGUAGGACAAGGCCUCACUCAGGUAAUAGAAAAGGCUGAGACAUCACUAGGAAUCCCCAGUCCUACUGAUUUGUCCACCCAGGUGGAGGAAGAACAAAACCAGCAGGAUUCCCUUCCUGCAGACGAGGGCAGUCAUGAGGCAGACAGAGCAGAUGGAUCAUCAGCUGUGGGAAGCGCGAUGGGGAUGUUGUCUUCGCUCACAAGCGUCGUUCAGACCACAGGAAAGACGGUGAUAACAGGAGGUCUGGAUGCUCUGGAGUUCAUUGGGAAGAAGACGAUGGACGUGAUAGCCGAAGGUGACCCUGGCUUUAAGAAGACCAAAGGACUGAUGAACAGGAACUCCACUCUGUCUCAGGUUUUGCGGGAGGCAAAGGAGCGAGAGGAGCUGCAGACGGCAGAGAACGACUCUUCAGAUUCUGAGAAGAAGGUGGUCGCUCACUAUGGGAUGCUGUUUGAUGAAUUUCAGGGUCUGUCGCACCUUGAAGCCCUGGAGAUUCUGUCCCGAGAGAGCGAGUCUAAGGUGAAGUCAGUGCUGACCACUCUAUCAGGAGACGAGCUCGUUCAGCUCAGAGAUGAGUUGGACCACAUCAAAGAUUCUUUCUCGAUGGUGGAGUUUGAUGAGGAGGAUGUUGACGAGAAGAACGAUGAAGACGGAGCCGAGUUUGAGAGAGACUUACUGGAGGCUAUGGAGGGUCUCAGCGUCUCUGCCACAGCGGACAAACUCAGCAAGGCCUGUAAGAACGCCUGCAGCACCGUCAGUGACAUGAACAAACCACAAGAGGAUAAUGAAGACGAUGAAGGAGACAUGAAGAAAGCAUUCUCCGUAGAGGAGGUUCAUGCUGCUGCUAUCAGGAGUCUCGCCGAGCUGACGGCGCGAUCCAUCGAGCUUUUCCACAAGCUGGCGGAGAUGAUCCUCUUCUCCAACGGCAGCACAGAUGCCAGCAUCCUGUCACGGUUAACUGUUAUCCUGUGUAAAGAAAUGUCAUUGCUUUCCAAGAGUUUCACCUCAUGCUUAACAACAGCGGGUUCAAAUGAGAGGGGAGAUGUGCUGAACCCACUGAUCACCGGGGUCUUUCUCGAGGCAUCCAACAGUGCAUCUUACAUCCAGGACGCUUUCCAGCUCCUCAUGCCAAUCCUGGAGAUAUCCCACAUCGAGAAGAGAUCCGAAUCCUCGGAGCAAUGACCAGGUGACAGCUGUUGCCAUAACGACAAGGCUCAGGCUCCCAGCAGACGACUGACACAUCUGUUAAACAUGUUUUUGUUUGAUGUUUUUUAUUUUUAUUUUUUAUUAAUUGUCUGGAUCAACUUCACACCUCAGAGGAGGAGCAGGUUCCUGUCAGACAGUGUUAACUUUGGUGUGUCGCUGUUUUAUUUCUAAAGCACAGAUGGUGGACUCUUAAGUCCAGAGCUUCUUGUUCUGGAUCUGCCAGCUCCCGUCUGAGAAAAACACAAAGGACAUCAUUCAUGCGCUUCAAUGAGAAUUUUCACAUCUGCAACACUUAGUUUGACUAGUGAGUAUCAGACUGCAUCGCUACAAGAAAUCUGUUCAAAACAGGUGCAACGGAAGAAAUGAUAUCAACUGAUGAUGGGUUCUCUCUGCACCGCUAAGACACUGUUUGGUUUUCUUUUAUCUUUCUAAUAUAGAAUAAUAGAAGUUCCACGUUAUAGAAUACAUUAGCAAAUGAACUGGGAAUAAAUAAGAAAUAUGAAGAAUAUGAACAAAAA